AAUUCAUCCUUGUGUUUCGCUUCGCUUAUACCUCCUCUGAAAGAAAGAGAUCUGGAGUCUUCAUGUUCUCGCGCCAGUUAGUUACAUACACCACGCCAACCUUAUUUUGGGGGGAAAUAUAAUUAGGGUUUCGUUUCUUCGAUCGAUCAAUCGAUCGGAAUCGGUUUCUGUUGAAUUGUGAUCUGAAUUUGAUUGUUCUGUGAGAUUGUGAAGAUGUUUGGGAGGGCGCCAAAGAAGAGCGAUAACACCAAGUACUAUGAGAUCCUCGGAGUAUCGAAGGAGGCUUCGCAGGACGAUUUGAAGAAGGCUUACAAGAAAGCCGCCAUCAAGAAUCAUCCUGACAAAGGAGGCGAUCCUGAGAAGUUUAAAGAGCUGGCACAUGCUUAUGAGGUGCUGAGUGACCCGGAGAAGCGUGAGAUUUAUGAUCAAUAUGGUGAAGACGCACUUAAGGAAGGAAUGGGUGGUGGUGGUGGCGGCCAUGAUCCAUUUGAUAUCUUCCAGUCUUUCUUCGGGGGAAGUCCAUUUGGCUCCGGUGGUGGCGGCAGUAGAGGACGGAGGCAGAGACGCGGCGAAGAUGUGGUUCACCCCCUGAAGGUCUCUUUGGAGGACCUUUACCUUGGGACUUCCAAGAAGCUUUCUCUUUCACGGAAUGUCUUGUGUUCUAAAUGCAACGGGAAAGGGUCGAAAUCUGGAGCUUCAAUGACAUGUGCUGGCUGUCAAGGUACUGGUAUGAAGGUUUCCAUUAGGCACCUUGGUCCCUCUAUGAUUCAGCAAAUGCAGCAUCCUUGCAAUGAAUGCAAGGGUACUGGAGAAACAAUCAAUGAGAAAGACCGGUGCCCACAAUGCAAGGGCGAGAAAGUCGUCCAAGAGAAGAAAGUGCUUGAGGUCCAUGUGGAGAAGGGAAUGCAGAACGGGCAGAAGAUUACAUUCCCUGGUGAAGCUGAUGAAGCACCCGAUACAGUCACUGGAGAUAUUGUCUUUGUCCUUCAACAGAAGGAACAUCCCAAGUUCAAGAGAAGGGAUGAAGACCUCUUUGUGGAGCACUCGCUGUCCCUGACUGAGGCUUUGUGUGGCUUUAAGUUUGUGCUCACUCACUUGGAUGGGCGGCAACUUCUCAUCAAGUCAAAUCCUGGAGAAGUUAUUAAGCCUGAUUCUUACAAGGCAAUAAACGAUGAGGGAAUGCCAAUGUACCAGAGGCCCUUCAUGAAGGGGAAGCUUUACAUUCACUUCUCGGUAGAAUUUCCUGAAUCUCUGAUCCCUGAUCAGGUGAAAGCUUUGGAAGCUGUUCUGCCACCAAAACCUACUUCACAGUUGACUGACAUGGAGCUGGACGAGUGCGAGGAGACCACACUGCACGAUGUGAACAUGGAGGAAGAGAUGAGGAGGAGGCAACAGGCUCAGCAGGAGGCAUACGACGAGGACGAUGAUAUGCACGGUGGUCAUCAGAGAGUACAGUGCGCUCAGCAGUGAUGAUCUUCAUACAGAACAAGUGUUGAUCUUCAGUCAAUUCAUAUGUUAUUUUUAGCCGUGUGCUGCGGACUAAAUUAGUGUUUGAUUAAAUCUGAUUUUUGGAUAAAACAAACAGAGUAGCAUUUAUUGUCCAAGGGUAAUUCCGUUCGGACAUCCUAAUAUCAUCAAUUUUGUUCAAUUUUA